AUGGCUACUUACCAUGUUGGUCUCCAUGAAAUUGGAAUCAUUUUCUUGCUCCAAAUGAUUGCUAUUUCUGUAAAGCCACUUUCAUUCAAUUACCAACAAGGCUUUAAAUAUGAUAAUGUAAAACUAGAAGGAGAUGCUUCUUUGAUGUAUUCAUACAUCCAACUUACUUCAACCUCAAGGUACCAAAGUAAUGCUUACAGUGUUGGCCGAGUCACGUCUUUCGAGCCAUUACAACUAUGGGACAAGGCCUCAAGAAAACUCACUGAUUUCACUACUCAAUUUUCCUUUGUAAUUUACUCAAAUGAAACUGAUUUUGGAGAUGGAUUGACAUUUUUCUUUGCAGAUCCAGAACUUCCACUUUAUUACCAUAUAAAACAAGGUGGUGGUCUUGGUCUUGUGGAUGAUUUCCACAUAGUUCAUUCUAGAUAUUCAUUUCUAGCGGUGGAGUUUGACACUUACCAUAAUUCUUGGGAUCCAUCAGGUACUCAUGUAGGUAUAAAUUUCAACUCUAUGAUAUCAAAUAUAACUAAACCAUGGUUCAUUGAUAUUAUGAGUAAGACAGCUCAUUAUGAUUGUAAAAUUGAGUACAAUUCAAGUACUCAUAAUUUGAAUGUUUCUUUUACUGGAAACAUAACAUAUGGUGACAUUUUUGAGCCUUCAAAAAGUUACAUCUCAUACAAUGUUGAUUUGAGAGAUUACUUGCCUGAGAAGGUUAUUGUUGGUUUCUCAGCUGCUACAGGAUAUAUGUUUGAGAUGAAUAAAUUAAAGUCAUGGUCAUUCAAUUCAAGUUUAAAUAUUCAUGAUGAGAAUUCUAGUCCAAUUCCAACAAAUCCUAGUCCUUCGCCGAUUCCAAAUGUUAAAAUUAGUCCGAAAAUAGUUAGCAGAAGAGGUACUAGUAGUAUAUGGGUAGAGCUAGGAGUCGGUGUAGCUAUUGCAGCAAGUUUCCUUAUUUUAGGAGGGGUUUGUAAUUUAAUUUGGAAAAGGACUAAAGGGAAAAAAGAAGAUUCAAUUUUUGACAUGAAAAUGGAUGAUGAAUUCCAAAAUGGCACCGGACCUAAAAAGUUUUGCUAUCAUAAAUUGGCGAGCGCAACAAAUAACUUUGCAGAAAAACAAAAGAUCGGACAAGGUGGUUUUGGCGGUGUUUAUAAAGGCUAUUUGAAAGACAUAGAUUCCAAUGUUGCUAUAAAACGGAUAUCAAGAGAGUCGAAACAAGGGAUUAAGGAAUAUGCAACUGAAGUGAAGAUCAUUAGUCAACUUAGACAUAGGAAUUUAGUUCAACUAAUUGGUUGGUGUCACAAGAAAAAAGACUUUCUCCUUAUAUAUGAAUUCAUGCAAAAUGGUAGUUUAGAUUCUCACCUAUAUCGUGGAAAAAGCGUAUUGACAUGGCAAAUGCGGUACAACAUUGCCAUAGACUUGGCUCUAGCACUUCUAUACCUUCAUGAAGAAUGGGAACAAUGUGUGCUUCAUAGAGACAUAAAAUCCAGCAACAUUAUGUUGGACGACAAUUUCAAUGCCAAGCUUGGUGAUUUUGGAUUGGCUAGGCUUGUGGAUUACGAGAAAGGAUCGCAAUCACAAACCACAGUUAUAGCUGGAACCAUGGGAUACAUAGCUCCUGAAUAUUUCACAACAGGGAAAGCUACAAAAGAAUCAGAUAUAUACAGUUUUGGUAUUGUUUCAUUGGAAUUAGCCAGUGGAAGAAAACCAGUUGAUCUUAAUGCUAAGGAGGAUCAAAUGGCUAUAUUUGAUUGGGUUUGGGAGCUUUAUAGAUUAGGAAGGUUGCUUGAAGUAGUAGACACAAAACUCGAGGGUAUAUUUGACGAAGAACAAAUGGAACGUUUGGUGGUUAUUGGUCUUUGGUGUGCCAAUCCAAAUUAUUCAUUUAGGCCAUCUGUAAGACAAGUUAUUCAGCUGCUUAAAUUUGAAGCUCCUUUACCAAUUCUCUCACCUCCAACAAAGAGUACAAUUAGUCUUGUUUCUUCUGCCUCUCCGUAG